CUGACAGUAAGUUUUAAGGUUAGGGUUCAUUGUUGAAAACACUGAAAAUAAUAAAAAUGAGCAUGACAGUUUAUUUAGCUUGGUUCAAUUAUGUAUCGAGAAAUAUAUGAAAUAAUAAAUAAAAAUAUCACAAAUAUGGAUUUGUUGUAUGGAGUAACAAGAAAAACAUCUUCAAAAUCAUUUUUCAAUAAUAACAGUUUUCAGGAGGGAAAAUGUUUGUGUACAAUAUCAAGUAAAAAUAUUGCAGCAUUCACAACAAUUGUACAAUUUGAUGAUCCACAUGGUAAAACAUGGGGAUCACAUGUUUAUGUAGCUGAUUUAAAUAUGCCUUGGUAUCCUCAUAAAGUAACAUCAAAUCGUACAUGUUCUGUAACAGCAGUUGAGUGGGAUUUAUCAGGUGAUAAACUUGUUAUUGCUGAUCAUUCUGGUGAGGUACAAUUAUGGAUGUUUAAAGAUCAUAUUUUAAAUGAAUGGGUACAAGUUGGAUUAGCUCAUUUUCCUGGUGAAGAUAUAAUUGGUGUUGCUUGGUUUCAUAAUGGAAAAAAAACAUCAUUAGUUACUGAUAAAAAAGAUAGUAUUCAUUAUAGUGAAAAAUUUAAUCAUUUACCAUUUGCACCAUCUGUACGACAAUUUGGUGGUAGACCAGCUGAGGGUGUUCUUGUUGUAACUGGUACUGGAAUGGUUGGAGCUGUUAUGUUAACAAAAGAUUUAUUAAAACCAGUAUGUUUUGCAACAGAAAGUCUAGGUAGUACACGUCAAAAAAUAUCAGCUGUUGAUCUUUGUUAUGGUAAAAAUGGACAUUUUCUUGUUGCUGUUAGCAGUGGUACAGCAUCAUUUCCAAUACGUUGUUAUCGUGUAUUAGUUAGAAAAAAUGAUGAUAAAUGUAGUAUAACAUCACAAGCAUUACCAAGUUUUUUUCUUCAAGAUGGAUUACUAAAAGAUUCAUGUACUGAAAUAACACAUUUAAAAUUUGUCGUUAAAGAAGAUGCUGAUUCACUUGUUGUUGCUGCAAAUGGUGAAAAUGAGGGUUUUGUUGAUGUAUGGGAACUAAGAGAAAAAUUACAACCAGUACAUAAAUUAUUACCAGUACCAAAAAAUGUUGAAGGUUUUAAAACAGUUGUAUGGCAACAUCAAUCACAAUAUAAAUGUACAUCACCAAUAACAGCAAUAACAACAACAAAAAUAUCAAUUGUCACAACACUACCACCACCAAGUUGUGUUAUUGUUGCCUUGGCUGAUUCAUCAUUUCAUUGUUUAAGUCGUGAUGGUCUAAAAGAAAUAGCAUCAUCAUCAUUAAACAUGACAUGGCGACAAGAUGAACCAAGUGCAAAAUAUUCAAGAUCAACAGUAACAAUUUCACAUAUUGACAUGUCAUGGCUUGGUUUUGCACUUGUUGCCUGUGAUACACAAGGUAAUUUAUAUGUUUAUAAACUUUUGCCAGAUGGUGGACAAUCAAUAAUGCUAACAUAUGCAUGUACAAUGCUAGAAUAUUGUUUAGUAACUGGUCUUGAUUGGCUUGAUCUUUUAUUGUGUCUAAAAUCAUCAAUGAUUGAAACAUUAUGUGAAAGGCUUGAUGCCUCAUAUAAUCGUCAAACACAAGCAACACAACAAUUUCAUUAUAUACAAUUUUUAUGUAUUAAAACAUCACUAUAUAGAAUAUUGAUGAAUGGACAACAUAAAGCAGCUGAUUUAUCAUCAUUGUUAAUGGUUCAUUCAGUAUCAACAGCAUUUAAAUCAUUAUUAAGACCAUCUGAUUUAAUUUCACAUGAUAAAGGACCAGCUGAGAGUCUUGCUGCUGUUAUUAAUGAUGCAAUAACAGAUGUUGACAAAGUAUUAUUACAUCUUGAUCCAAAAGAAUUUACUGUUGAACCAAGUACUUUACAAUCACUACAACAACUUAUACAAUGGGUUGCUGAUCUUGCUUUAAAUCUUCUUGCUAAAUUACCAGAACAACGAAUGCAAAUUAAAUCAGGAGGAUAUGAAUUACUUAAAGAUCAUAAAGCUUUAAAUACUAUACGAGAAUUACUUGUUAUUAUUAGAAUUUGGGGAUUACUACGUGCAUCUUGUCUUCCAGUUUUUUAUAGAAGUGCUGAUAAUCUUGAUGUACUUGCUUUAUUAUUUCGUUUAUUAUCAAAACUUGUUCAAUUUAAUGGUGAUACCAGUCAACAAAUUGAUGAUGGUUUAAUUGAUGAUUGUUGUUUAUUACCAAAUCAAAUAAUGAUACCUUCUCUACAUGAGACAAACAGUAUUAUUGCAUUAGCAUCACCAGUUUUAUUUUAUCAAAAUUUACCAAUGCAAUUUGAGUAUGGUAUUGAGCCAGAACAAUUGUUAUUUGCAUCUGAUAUUGAUUAUGUUGAAGGUUGUAUGUACAGUGGUCAAAUUGUUGAUAAAAUACGUCAUGUUUAUUUAGGAAAACAACCACUUACUGUUAAGCAAUGCACCAGAUGUGGUGCAAAAGCUCAAGUACAAAAUAUGAUUAGAACAGCAGCAAUCAGAGCUUGGGAUCAACGAUGGUCAAGAGCUUGUACAUGUGGAGGUAUUUGGAGAAUUCAUAAAACAUCUCCUUGA